AUGUUGAAAAAAAAUAACCAUACCAAAGAGAAGAGCACUACAAAAACACUAAGAGCAGCUAGUAGAUUGAAGGAUACUAUGGUUGUCAGAGCUAUCAAGCAAACUUCUAUUGCACGUAACGGUGUUGGUGCGUAUGUGUUUCCAUGUAAGAAGAUUACACUUCAGUACUGCAACUGGGGCGGUUCAUCACAAGGUAUGAGAGACUUUCUGGUCUCUAAAAGAUUGGGAAAGUUGAGCCAAGAUCUACCACAAAUUCAAUUUGAGAUUUCAAGGAAAUCGGGUCAUCCACUUUUGAGAGCACAAUACACCAAUGGUCGUGAGAAAGUUGUAUGCGUAAGAAACCUGAAUGUUGAUAAUGUGGAAAACAAGCUGAAACUGCUCAAGGAUUCAAGCGGUGACAUACUGCAUAGGAGAUCAAAGAACCACAAUGUAGAAUCUCUAAACAAUAGUGUUAGAGGUGUCUGGUCUCCCUUCCACAGUCCACAGAACUACAAGGUUUAA